GUUUAUGCAAGACCUAAACAACCUAAAAACAAAUCUGAAUUGAUAAUGGCUUUAAAAGAAGAAUGGAGUUUAAUUAAAUUGGAAACUUUAAAUACUUUAGUUGAUAGCAUGUAUCGUAGAAUUUUAGCA